UUGACAGAAAUGGCAAGGGCCUCCGCGGACGACGCCAUCGCGACGCAGGUCGUGCUGUACAUGCAGGAGCUGCUGCAGACCCCGCAGGUGACGGAAGUAGUGAGUAAAUUUCACAACUUCUUGCGCAGCAUUGGCGUGCCGCCGCCCUACCCGGACGCAGAACGACUCGCGAUCUCGGUCGUGACUGUGAUCGGGACGCUGAUCUUCUACUACGUGUUCUUCGGCAACCGCCAUCGCACGCGGCGGCACGACCUCCAGAAAAAACUCGAGGAAGCGGCCCAAAAGGUGCUAGAGCUCGAGGAAAAGCUUGCCGACAUCGAGUUGACCGAGGACGAAGAAAAUGGCCGCAAGACGAAGAAGGAGGUGCGCAUCUGGAUGGACGGCGCGUUCGACAUGAUGCACUACGGACACAUGAACGCAUUUCGCCAAGCGAAAUCCGUGGGCACGUACCUCGUCGUCGGCGUCAACGACGACAAGAGCAUCACGCAGUGCAAGGGGGCGCCACCCGUCAUGUGCGACGAAGAGCGCAUUGCGUCCGUCGCUGGGUGCAAGUUCGUUGACGCCGUCGAGCCGCACUGUCCAUACAUCAUGAACGACGAGUACUUGCUGCGCAUGAUCGAGAAGCAUCGCCUCGACUACAUCGUUCACGGCGACGACCCAUGCAUUGUUGAUGGCAAGGACGUGUACGAGAGCGCGCAAAAGAUGGGCAAGUACCGGACGAUUCCACGAACAGAAGGCGUGUCAACGUCGGACAUCCUUGGACGGAUGCUCAUUUUGAACAAGGAGCACCAUCGCCAUGACACAGUCACCCAGCUCAGCUCGCAAGUUCGCAGCGCCAACUCGGCGCAGCUGCAGUCGCGGCCAUCGCGCUUCCUCACCACGAACCGCAUGCUGCGCCUCUUUUCCGUCGGCAACAAAGAACCUGGCCCGCACGCGCGCGUCGUGUAUAUUGAUGGCGCAUGGGACAUGUUCCAUCCGGGCCACAUUGACAUUUUGAAGCUUGCCAAGGGUCAGGGCGAUUACUUGAUCGUUGGCGUCCACAACGAUGGCGUGGUCAACAAACACCGCGGCCUGAACUACCCCAUCAUGAACCUGCAUGAGCGCGUGCUGAGUGUACUGGGCUGCCGCUACGUCGACGACGUCCUCAUAGACGCGCCGUGGGAAAUCACAAAGGAGAUGAUUGCGUCGUUGCGACUGUCGGUGGUCGUCCACGGCAGCCGCCGCGAGGGCCAUGACAACCCGGCCGAGAUGGAAGUGCACUACAAGGCGGCGCGCGAGGCCGGUAUCUACAUCGAAGUGCCUAGUCCGCGCACGCUCGACGUGAACGACAUUGUCGCGCGAAUCACGGAGAACCGCGACCGGUUCGAGAAGAAGUUUGUCAAGAAGAUGGAGGCUGAAAAGGAGUACUACGACGAUCGGUACUCCAAGAAGGACGACAAGGGGUCGAACGAGGACAAGAAGACCAAGUAGAUGGACAUGCUGGCGUCCGCUACCCAGGAGGAUGUCACCACGCAUUGUAUAGAGCGUUAACAGAGACACAACUGUCUCCUAGGGGCACCAAAGGAGACAGUCCCGCUUCCCUC